ACCCCAUCCUCUGGUCACGCCCGUCCCAUGCGCUAAACACGCCCACUCCAACCUGAGCCUGUCCGUAAUGUAAACAUAGAAAGUGAAAGUACAGAGUCCAAUGUGAGUCCAUCGAGUCCCCGGACCGUGAUCCCUCCGGCACCAUGUCUGCGGUACUGCUGGGGGACCCCCUCACCCCAAAGAAGGCCCCGACAGGGGAGGAGGAAGAGUUCAGCUUCCUGCUGGUGGAUGAGGAGGAGAACCUGCAGGUAAAAGAUGUGGCUGACUUUAUCAAGAGACUUGGAUGUAGUCCACAGGAACCUGUCAAAGUUCUUAGUAUUUUCGGUAAUACCGGAGAUGGCAAGUCGCACACACUCAACCACAUGUUUUAUGGGGGUCUGGAGAUCUUCAGGACCUCUCCCUCCCAGGAUUCCUGCACAGUGGGGGUAUGGGCUGCAUACUACCCAGAAUUGUCCUUGGUGCUGCUGGAUACAGAAGGUCUCCUGGGGGCCACAGAUAAACAGAACCAGCGCCUACGUCUCCUCCUGAAGGUUCUGGCUGUGUCAGAUCUGGUGAUUUAUAGAACAAGGGCAGAGAGGUUACACAAUGACAUGUUCCAAUUUUUGGGUAAUGCCUCAAAGGCUUAUUUGAAGUUCUUCACACCUGAGCUAAAAGCCUUAUCUAGUCGCUGUGGGCUGGAGGUAACACUGUCCAGUCUUGGACCGUCCCUCACAAUUUUCCAAGAGACUUCUCGAACUGAUCUGCUGGGUUAUGGAAGCAAGGUCCGCGGCCAGGCAGAGACAGAACUACUAAAACGGUUCCAUGAGUUGGGGACUCCUCCUGAAGCCUUUAGCUCAAUCCACUAUGUGGGAACCAAGACCGUGGUCCCACCCACUGACUUCUCUCAGUUAAUGGAUAGGGUGAAGAAGCAAAUUAUGGAUACAUCCACUCGCUCAUCUAGACCACUGUCCCAUGUUUUCACAGCCUUACAGAGUCUAAGUGAGCGGUUCUCUGGGGAUAUUCCCGAUGAUCAGGUUCACAUCACCUCUUUCUUUCCUGAUGAAUACUUUACUUGUUCCCUGCAGUGCCUCAGUUGCAGGACACGCUGCAAGAACAGGAUGAAUCAUAUGAAGGAUGGCGUCCCUCACCAGGCAGAUGGUUUGUGCAAGUUUGCCCAUGAAUAUAACAAUAAAGUUUUCAUCUGUAAGCGAUGUUAUGAGGGCGGAAGAGAGUUGAUUGUAGUCCCCAAAAGUGUGUCGUCCACGGACAGUCCUUUGAUGGGCCUAGCGAAAUUUGCUUGGUCUGGGUAUGUCUUGGAGUGCCGUGUUUGUGGGAUUAUCUAUCGUAGCCGGCAGUACUGGUAUGGAAAUAGAGAUCCCGAUGGAUCUGUUGUACGACAAGAAGUUAGACACGUCUGGUCAGAGAGUGAUUCUUACUCACUGGACCAACACAAUGCUGCCCAGCGUGUGCUCGAUGGAGUGAACUUAGUCUUCCAAUCUGUGAAUGAGUACAGUGCCGGCCCCACCAAUAUGGUCACGUCUUGGCUAAUAGAUAAUGUGGCUCCCACCUAUUGGCGACCAAAUGCUGAGAUUACUGUGUGUCAGGGUUGCAAGAAAGAAUUCACGCCUACUGAGAGGAAGCAUCAUUGCCGAUCAUGCGGAGAAGGUUUCUGUCACAAUUGUUCCAAUCAGACUAUGCCGGUUCCUGACCGAGGCUGGGGUCCAUCCCCUGUACGGGUCUGCAAGCAGUGUCACAAUAAAGGGCCUGUGAAAAGUCAAAGUACUACUCAGGAUGAUAGCAAAAGUUUGUUACCUCGCAAGGUCACAGAGAUUGCUCAGACCUCAUUGGACAUGGUGUCUUCUGCAAUGAAGUAUCCUUUGGAUUUUGUAAAGGAAGCAGCACGUCCCAGCUACUGGGUGCCAGACCAGGAGAUCACCAACUGCCACAACUGUAAAAAACCAUUCACCCAUAAAAUGUACAAACAUCACUGCAGGUCUUGUGGCCAGGGCUUCUGCCAGCCUUGCUCAGAAUAUCAGCGACCGGUCCCCUCACGGGGGUGGCAUCACCCGGUGCGGGUCUGUCAGACCUGCAGCCUUAAAAAGGGAGAGUUGUGAAGAGGACACUAACCUUAGUCCUGAAGAUUUGGAACAAGAGGUGAUGGCGAUCGGAAGAGAUUUUAAAAACUGUGCUUGGAAAUCAUGACUGGAGCUGUGCACUAACAUAGGUGAAAACAGUCUUGGGCUUGGAAAGCAUGAUGACACUCUGUAAUAAUCACACAUGACCUAAAGCAAUAAGACUCUCAGUAUAAUCCUAAUGACUGGAAUUGUAGAUUUGCUGUUGCUUCCACCUUCAUGUUGCUAAAUAUAUUUAAACUCCACUGAAAACUGAUAUUUCAGAUUUGGCCGGUUGAAUCAGAAAUAUGCUUCCUAAAGUUUAUCUAAACCCCCCCCCAAAAAAAAAAACAAUGUUUAUAUCGCAGCUUACAAAUCCUGGAUGUGAUGGCUGAAGUGGUUUCCUUUUUUCAGACUUUCAGAAUAUAACUGUUAAUCUUGCCAGAAAUGCAGUGUUCUUGUCGCUUCCGAUAUGCUAAAAAGUUAUAAAAUGCUACCACUAUUUUGUACACUACUAGUCCCAUCAGCCCACCAUAUAAUGCAAUUGAACAAUGGCAAACCUGUUUAAAGUCCAUCCUGUGUGACAACAUGGUUCACUCCAUAGAUACAAUGGAGAAAUAAGAGUAGACAUGAAGGGACAAGGAAGUAUGUUAUCUUCAGCUUUACCAGGUGAAUAUAAUGGAAAAAUGGUAGAAGAAAGAAAACUAAGGCAAGUUUCACAUCUAAGGACUGGUAAGCUGCGGGGAAAAAAAAAAUAUAUAUAUAUAUUUAUACUUUUUAAGGGGUGGAGUUUAGAUGCACUUUAAGGAAACACUGUCGCAAAAAAAACCUCCCCAACAAGGUGUACCCACCAAUUCACGCUGUAGGAGUCAAACCCAGGUAAGUUCUGGUGUCGGAUAGUGAUGGUGCUUACCAGGUUGGAUGGCAUGACUGCCCCCCACGUGAAAGCAUUUGUGUCUGACGAUUGUCCUUUUAGGGAUGAGCACUGUCACUGUGGGAAGGUCACUUGCUCCCCCCAUACCUCCCCAUUCCUAGAAGACCCUCUAUUAGAGAAACUGAGCAAGGACUCCAAUAGAGUGCAGCGGGAGCAUGGAUAGAGGAGUAUAACUUGAUCAAGGAAUGAUCAGUGACCUCUCUAGCUGUAGUUACUGUGAAGUAAUCCAUCUUAUAGGUUUCUCCAAAUUUACAACAAAGACUUUGGUUUCAGUCAGUUUCCGACAGCUUAAAGGGACACUAAAGGUUCAUGUUUUUUUUUCACCUUAAUGCAUCCUAUGCAUUAAGGUGAAAAAACAUCCAACCAUACAGCCCCCCCCCCCCGUUUUACUUACCUGAGCCCGUUCACCUGCUGCGCUUGCCCUCAACGUCGUCUUUGCUCAGCCUAGCCGUUGAUUGGCUAGAGUGGAUGGAUUGAAAGCAGCGCAGCCAUUGGCUUGCGCUGCUGUCAAUCACAUCCA